AUGGACAAGUCAAGUGCUUUGGAGUACAUAAACCAGAUGUUCCCAACAGGUCAGUCUACACCCUUAUGGCUACCUUUUUGUAUUUAAUGUUUUAUAAUUUGGUUGCUAUGGAGAAUUUCCAUAUUAUUUUCAGAUAGACUACUGACUGACGUUGUAGAGAUAUUUAUAUAAUUUCAAUAUUUGGAAAAAUAGGGUGUCAGGAAUGAUGUUAAAAUUACGAAUAUCAUCUGGAAUAAAUAUUUUUGGUUUCCUAGAAAAAUUAAGUAUUGGAGCUGUGAACGAUUUUCAUGUAUGAAGUAAAUUUGGUAGCAGAAUGGAGAAAAUAUGUAGCAAUGUUCGUGCAAAUAAUCUGUGCAAUGUUAACAUAAUUCUUGCAAGUCACUCACAUGCGACUCUCAUGCAUUAAAUUCUUGAAUAUUGAUCUACUGAUUGUAUCAGAGGAUAUGACCACUUUCCUUUUCCUUUCCUCAGAGGCCUCAUUAUCAGGUGUGGAGCCUCUCAUGCAGAAAAUCCAUGGUGAGAUACGUCGUGUGGAUGCAGAAAUAUUUGCAGCUGUUCACCGACAGGUAUUGAGGAAAACCUGAAUUUUCUGAUGCUCGGGUGUUGUCUCUUCUCCAGUUUCAUAAAGUUGCAAAAAGUUAUGAUGACAAUUUUUCAUAUUUGAGGUUAUUAACUGUAUUUUGAGCUGUUAAGUAUCCCAUUAUGUUGCUUAUGUCAUAAAACUACUUUCACAGAGUAAAUCUGGAGCAAAGGCAAAGGAUGACCUUGCUGCCGCUACCCAUGCUGUUCAGGUUGGAUCCCAAACCACGGCGAUGCUUCAGUGCUAGUAUAUGCGUCAUGCAUGUGGUUAGCUUGAAUGCUGAAUACUGGAUGCGGAGAAGUUAAAUUUAGUGCCACUUCCCUCUUCCUCUUCAAUUGUUCUUUGGCUAAACUUUUUCCCCUGACUCUCAGGAGCUUAUGAAUAAGAUACGAGAAAUAAAAACAAAGGCUGAGCAAAGUGAAGCAAUGGUCCAAGAAAUUUGUCGGGACAUAAAAAAGCUGGACUUUGCAAAGAAACAUAUCACUACAACAAUAACUGCUCUCCACCGUCUUACAAUGCUCGGUUAGUUAUUUAGUGGUUAGAAGGCCACAGAUCUCCACGUUAUCUAGCAUCAAACAUUCUCCUUGUUAAUUUCGUACUACUUCUCCUUAGAGAAAUUACUGAUGCAUCCAACUGCAAAUUGGUUAGCAAUGAGCGGAGUAGUCUCAUCUUUAUAGCCUCAUAUUUUCUUUUCAAAGCAAACAAUAUGGAGACUAUUCUAAUGUGUCCUUAUGUGCAAACUGGACCUUCGGAUUUUAUCACGUUGACAACAUGAAUGAGAUUUAUAUUGUCCAAGGGCAACUAUAAGCGAUGAUAUAUAGUUAUUAGGACGUCCAAAUCGCAACUAAUUGGCAAUGAGUGAAGUAGGCUCAUGUUUAUGAUUAGAUGCUUACAUUUGAAUUAGUUAAUAUAUAAAUAUUCUAACAAUCCGUGUUUGUCGGAGGCAGUUGCUUCAUUUUUUCUAGUAUCUUUCUUUCUUGUCAUUUGACAUUUGUAGUUUAUUGAGAUACAGUAAAGUUUUUGUACAGGCAGUUGCACUAUUUUCGUGCUUAUGCCUUACUUCUCAAAUCAAUAGUUGCGUUGCUGCAAUCUGCAGUUGCCGUGGCUUUCCAAGACAUAAACUAUUCUGUUGGAUUUGGGUAUUAUAUUUACCGUGUUGGCUGUAUUGGGGCCUUAGAAAAUGAGUAGAAAAAAAGGUGCUUUAUAUUUUAAAAAACAUUAUGCAGAGGUAUCUCAGAUUUUUAAUUAGAAAAGGUACCUUAAGAUCAGCUUCUUGUACAAACUAGUCUUCCUCCGUUAAAAACUCCCUCCUAGAUCUAUUGGCCUAUUCUCAAAAAGAGAGGGUGUGGAGUGUUUUGCAUCUUACUUUCUAAUGUUUAACUUUACGGGAGGAUCAGGAUUCCCCCUUGAAUUGAAUCUGAAGCUCAUUCAAUACGAUCAGAGUUAUAGUUAUUCAAUUUCUUUUUCCAUUGAGUCAAGCGCUGAAACCUUUUCUAAUUAAACUCUCACACUUUGCUUAACACUUGUGUCUGGUGCUUAUACCAGACCCACAGUACAGGGCUUGAACUGGGCCAGACCGAACCAAACUGGUUCUACGCUAAGGAAGAAAAAAUUACUAAUAAUUCCGACACAUUGGUCUGAUAUUUUGUCAAUAGUGUCAUUCUCCUAAUAAAAGGUGUCUUUGGUGGUCUCGUGGAAUAUUUUUUCAUGUGGUAUAUCUGGGUUAGUAGUCAUGCUUUUGUAAGUAUACUGUGAUGGGGACUGAGAUUUUUCUUCUUUGUGUCACCCAAGGAAGGGUCAUCGGGUAAAUAAAGAGGUUUUAUUCAUUUCUUAGUGGAAAACGGGGUUAUAAUGGGAAUAAUUCUGGAUAGAGGUUAACUCACGUUUUCUUUCAAAACAUAUGGAUCAGAGUUGAUACUCUUAUAGUUUUUCUAUUUAUCUCACUAGUUUAUCAGCAUCAUCUACCAAUAUUGGGAACUCUCUCAACUUUUGAGCAUAGUUCUACUUUUCUAUUGUUUAUCGCAUGAUAUGCUCCUCUCUUUUGUGCAAUUUCCAUGUUGCUUGUCUGUUGGUCUCUUGUUACAUUGCCCAAUUUUACAUUCCUAAGGAUUUUCAUUUUAUGUGGAUCGAUAUUGAGUUAUCUUCGUUUCCUAACUAUUUCUAAUUCUGCGUCUAGAUUUGAUAUACAAGAAGUUCAAAUCUAUCAGAGGCGCUAACUUUUCUUUCCUUGUGUAGUAUCGGCUGUGGAACAACUUCAAGUGAUGGCUUCAAAACGACAAUACCGGGAGGCGGCUGCACAGUUGGAGGUUAGGUCUCACGUUAUUUUAUCUUUUCUUUGCUAACUUCGAAACUUAUAGAUUAGGUAUUAAACGUGUUAUUCAUAUCAGAAAAUCGGGCAUGGAUAUUUGUGUACCAGUCAUUGUCUUCUCGUAUUUUUCUUAUUUUCGUUCCGGUACCAACUAUGCCUGGCAUCACCUGGUAUGUCAGGAGUCAUCCUUAUAAAGAUGGAUGAUAAUUCAAUUUAUUUUAAAAUGUAAAAUGUUACGAUUCCAUCAUUAAAAUUCUUCUUUGUACUCGCAUUCAUUCUAAGUUGAGAUUGAUUAUCCUAUCUUGCAUUUUUGUUUAUAAUAUGAAAUUGCUUUCGUCCGACCCAUUCCUGAGUAUCAUCACGUCUACACUAGAAGAUUUCGUUCUUUUGUUUAAACUCCUAGAAUAUCUGACAAGCCAGCAUGCAUCAGGUCUCCUUGGAGUAAUCACCGUCUACACGUUACCACCCCCACGAUGUAUUGCUGCCUCCAUUUUCUUGAAAUGCUAUUUAUGAAAUGCAUGUUUUUUGGAACAAAUGAUCCAUUCUCUCUCAUCAUCAUCCAGCAGUUUGUUUUUUUUUAAGUGGGUGGUACAUUAUGCAUUAAAUGUAAAAAGUGAUAGCAGUAGACAGUUAUGUGGUAAAUGAGUUCAGAAAACAAAUGUGUACAUUUUUUAAUGGUCCAUACCUGACAGUACAGACCGUUCUAAUACUCCAUCUUCCUCAAAAUUAAGGAACGAAGUCAUUCUUUCUCGAAACUCACGUCCUAAAGAGCAUAUAGAAAAGAUUUCCCUCUCUACAAUACAUCCUAAAUGUCUCAAAGAGUACCAUAUAGGAUAAGCCACUGAACCUUUCUGCCUCCUAUAAUCCACUAUUAUAUGCUGGUAUGCUAUACCUUUCCUCACAAGGGCUUAGUUUGUGUGGAAAUCUUUAUCAAAUACCUGAUGACAAUGAUCUCUCAAGUAAAAUUAUUUUAAUGGUUCAUAUAAACUAUUAGCUGUCCUCUCGUUGUGUCAUAAAAAAGCAUACUGAUCAAGUAAAAAUGGCCACCAAUGAGAUACUUUAGAUCAAAAUUUUCGCUUUUAGAGAGUCCAUGUUCCCUGUAAGGGGGACCAUAUGAUUGAAACCCAGAAUAAUUAGCUUCACAAUGCCCCACCCCUAAACAAUAGUGAAUUUUCUGUUCCCAUUUAAGGAUGACAAUGAAGAUCCACAGGACAUUUGAUGCCUUACCACUGCUUCAGUGAAUGGUCACACUCAAGCAGACACAAUGUCAGAGAAUGCAAUUUUUUUGGCAGAAUGCGCUCCCAUACAAUCAUGGGAGAUGCAAAUAUGCAUUGAACUGGUAAUGAAUACAGUUUUAAAUAAUAAAAGAAGUAGGAACAUUUCUAAAAUGGGAUAAUGAUAGGUAUAUGUGAAACAAUGGGUUUCAGGAAAUAAAAUUAAAAAUUAAAUGUAAGUAUUUAUGCUUUAAAUGCCAUUAUUUCUAGACAUUUAGGUAUGAUUUUAUGUAAUGGGUCAUCUGAGUAGAUGGAUUAAAACCUUUUUUUUUAAUUGGUUUUUUGAUUCCGCUCUUCAAACUUAUGUAUAUACACUCUUCAACCUCCAUUCUUGUGAAUUAUCGUCGUGGUUACGAAAACUCGUUCUAGUAUUGUCAAUCUUUUUUUAAUUGAGCGAUACACAGUCCAUGAGCUUCAUCCGAAUCAGGGUUUUAUCCUUUCCAUUUGCCCUUUUUUUGUGUACAUUGGCCUGAAUUGCAUGUAGAUUAGACGCAUUGAAUAUCUCUGCCAGCUGCAUUUUCCGGGCAUUACGGGAUCCAAUAUAACUUAUUCUUCAUAAAACUAUCAUCAUAGGUAACUCCAAAGAAGAAAAAGAUAUCUGCAUGCUAGCAGGAGAGAUCCAAUGUAUCUAGAGUGUACAGUCCUCCGUUACAUGACAGAACCAGUAGUUGAGCUACAACUAUUAACAAGGUUUAUUCUGGCAUAUCUUUUAACAAGCAUCAUGAAGCCUGUCCAUCCAAAACGUUUUUCUCAUGGGAACUACAUGGAAGAUAAUCUGCUUUCAACCCCAUUGCUCAUAGGAUGGUGAAUUAAAGAAUGAUAAAUGGAUAUAUAAUAUAUCAGUGUGCCACAAGGGCAUGAAUAUGCCCCCUAUAUGGCAUGAAUAUUUUCUUUUAAGCUGAUACAGUGACAAUGGAAUGAUAUAAAUCAGAGAAAAUUGUCUAAAUAGGUAGACAAUGGAAUGACAUCAUCAGCAUUCGUUACUCAAGUUGACCUUGAAAUGUGAGUGGCUGUGGAAAUUGGGAACAAAGAUAAUGGGCUAUGAUUGGCAGCGAUCAAAUGUGAGUGCCAGUGGAGAACCAAGCUGCGAGGCUUGGAAUCUAGUAACACAAUUAAUGUUUUUAAGUUGUGAAUAGGUAUCAUAUCAGCUACAUGUGUAGUACUGUACUCUAUGUAGAUUUAUCAAGAAGAUGUAAAGAUGACUCUGUUCUGGAAAGUCCUGUGGUGUAGAAUGUAACUCUUUAGGAACAAUUUUAUGUACUCUUCAAGAUACUGGAUAACAUUGGUGUCACAAUGGCAGUUGAAUGUAUGAUAGUGGAAGGAGGUGAGUGCUGAAAGCAUACAAAAAAUCCUGAGGAAAUUAAACAAGUGGAAGCCUACCAAGGAUGCUUGUAUAAUUGCACUGACAUUAUCUUAGAGGUCUCUUUGGUGAAGAGGUGGGUCAAAUGCUAAAACGCGUCCAAGUUGCCUAGGCGAGAAUCCAAAGGUUGGACUUGCUUCAACUGCCUUGGUGUCAGAUAGAUCCUUUGGCCACUUAGGCAGUUGUGGUUGUCUCAUUUUCACGAUUAGUAAACUGCGAUAGCUAACUUCAGCUGUGGCAGCUCCUGUCCGUGUCCAAAAUUCAGCUGUCCUCGAAUUAGUAACGUGACCACUAAUAAAUUGAUUCACAAUGACUAUCAAAACGCAUUAAUGUGACGGCAGACCAUUGCAUUAUUUCUACUUAAUUUUUUUACGCAAUCUAGAUUGAAAAUAAUUAAAUGAAAAUUUUAAUUAUUUUUAUAUAACUCAGAAAGAGUAAUUUGAAUCAAUUAUGGGCAUUUGUUUCAUUUUAGCAUUAUGUACAUAUGCCUUUCCUUAUUCAUUAAUUAGCAUAUUUUUAAUUAUUAUUUUAAAAAUGAAUUUUGAAUUGUUCAGAUUAAAUUAUGCUUUGCAUCUUUACUCAUCACCUUGGCAGUAAGCAAGGGAUCCACCACCUUGGUUGUAUUAAACACAUUAACUGAUUGAACUAUGAGUCUUCCUCAUUGCUUCCAUUUCCUACUGUAUUGGUCUUCUAUGAUGACUGUUAUAGAUGAAAGAGUGAGAAUCUGCUAUUGUGGCGUGUUUUACAUGGAUGAUCACUUACAUAUGAAGGGGCAAAUCUUUAUAUAUAUAUGCACAGUAUUACCAGUAACUUAUGAUAUAAGUUAGAUUCUUUAAAUCAUCUACAUGGAGGAUUCUCAUUCUUAUGUGAUAUAUGCAGCAUCACCAUGGAGCUGAAAUAAUUGUUUUCACAGUGAAAAAAACACGGGGUACUCAAAUAAUAUGGCGCCACUGGCAAAGUUUUUGUGUGGAAAGUUUUCAAAUGAACGGGAGGAAGAAUGUUGAAACUUUUUUAAAAUAAAGACAUAAUGUUGGUGCAUUCUAGAGUUGUGUUCAAUGGUCUUUUGAUAGAGUACUUAGAAGUCAUGUUGAUCCUGUUCUUCAUUCUUUUUCAAGAAAACAGUAGUAAUCUAGUAUAUUACCAUCGUCAAAAAAAAAUUAGAAAUCGUUCACAAUUGCUCAUAUAUAGCUUGUAACACAUUUUCAGGCAGUAAACCAACUAUGCAGUCACUUUGAAGCUUACCGUGACAUUCCAAAGAUAAGUGAGCUACGGGAGAAAUUCAAGAACAUCAAGCAGAUUCUCAAGUCUCAUGUAUUCUCAGAUUUUUCAAGGUACGUUUUUUCAAGAAAAGAAAUUACAUGCUUGCAUGACGACUUUUUUAUUUUGUUCAAUAUCUUCUCUGAGUUGCAAAUCCAUUGGAGACUUUUCGUCAGUUCCUUUGAAUUUGUUAAGCUUCUACUGAAUUCUUUGUUCUUUUUGGCCAAUACAAUUAACAGAUAGGACCUUGCAGCAGUCAAAAUCUGUUGUUAUUAGGGAAAUGUCAUAUCGAUUUCUCAGGAAUUCAUUGAUAUUUGCAUGAUUAAACACUUGGAACAUUAUAAGUACACUUUUCAGCAUAAUGUUAAUAAUACAGAAUUCCAUGAAUAGAUAAUGAAUAAUACUUUCCCUAUGCAAUUCUGUAGUAAGGUUUGGCUAGUUGGAAGAAGAGUUUGUAUGCUAAAAGGAUGGUUGGACGUAACCACUGUAUGUACACGUUCAAUAUUUGGCUUUCUAUUAUGUUAGCUGUUGCUAUUAUAGCAAUGAGAUGCAAUGUGUAUCCUCUUUUUAAAGCUUAAACAAAAUGUGUCUUCCUUUUUAAUUGUGAAGUUGUCAAAUAUUUGGAAGGAAAUUCUUCAACUUGAAUUUACUUUCUCUUGUUUAUGUGAUUUCACUGAUCCAUGAAAUCCUUACAUGUUGAUGAUUGAUUAGUUUAGAAUUUCUUGGCUGUUAACCUGGUAAAUAAGAGAAUAAGUUACUUGAAACAAUGUGGCCUUAUUAGAGUGAAAUUAUGGAAGUGCCACAACCUCGUGUUAAUCUUGGAAUCUCUUAUCCUAGUUAUUAUCGUGUCAUCAAUGCACCUUCAGGGGAGAGACGCUGGAGAUUUUUCAUGCUUUUUUUCCUAAGAGUUUGUGAUAUCCUUUUCUAUGCAGCCUUGGAACUGGUAAGGAGUCAGAGGAAAGCAACUUGCUGCAGCAAUUAUCAGAUGCCUGCUUGGUUGUUGAUGUGCUAGAACCAUCUGUUAAGGAAGAGCUCGUUAGGAACUUUUGCAACAAAGAACUGACUUCUUACCGGCAGAUUUUUGAAGGAGCGGGUCAGAUAUAAUGCUUGAUAGUUGUGAACUUUUUAUUUGAUGUCUAAAAAUCUUUUUAUACAUAAUUGCAUGUCUGCUUGUUCCAUUCCUUUCAUUUUAAUUUCUUUUUCUUAAGUUGGAGAUGUAUCUCUAUACAAAUGAGGUCCUGAAAAUUGUUAGGUUCUUUUGUUGAGAAAACGGAGUGGAGUGGUUCUGUAGCUUCCCAAAAGUUGGCCUCUAGUUGAAGUUACUAAUGACUCUGUUGAUUGCAACUUUUCUAGUCCUGUUUAUCAUAAUUGGUGUUGCAUUUAUCUUUGCUAUUUUUUAAACCUUCAGAACUGGCUAAAUUAGACAAAGCCGAACGGAGAUAUGCAUGGAUUAAGCGUAGGCUGCGAACCAAUGAGGAUAUUUGGAAAAUUUUUCCACCUGCUUGGCACAUUGAUUAUCUUCUUUGCAUACAGUUUUGUAAGUUGACAAGGUUUGUUAUCAUCAACCAUGACAUUGCAUUGUUAUCUUUGUCCUAUAUUUUUCAUAUUUCUUUUAGAAAAGUAUAUCACCACUAUGAUGGGUGUGAAACUAUGCAGCUGUGGAGCUAUUUUUAGUUAUUUGGGUGGCUUUUUUUUUAAGAAAUCUUCAUCAUCUAUGACCUGCUUGAUGACUAAAUCAGGACCUAGAUUGGAUUUAUAAAUCUUGUGUAACCGGUGUCGCCUGUUUGCUUUGCAUAUUCUGCAAGAGCUUUUAGAAGUUACACUUUUUCUUGAGCAAAAUUUGCACGAACUCAUUACUUUCAAGAGGUCUUUCAAAUACAGGUUAACUUUCUUGAUAGUGUAUUGCUAGUGGUUCUAAAUCAGGUUACUACAUUCAACAAUAAACUAUUUGAGCUAAGUUGCCUUUAUGUCUUUUUUUCAUCCCAUCUCUGGUUGAUUCUACUGACCGGGACAUACUUGACACUUGACAAUAAUCUCCCUAUCCCCCAUCCCCUCUUUGAUGGCUAAAGAUUACAGUUAGUAUGCAUUUAGGCAUUAUUCUCACAUUGGUAGGAUUCCAUGGUUCAUCUAUAAACGAGGCUUAUUCAUCUUUGAAGUCAGUCGCAGUUUUCCUUUUCUGGAUGUUCCGAGCAUUUCACCUGUCCAUGUAGAGCUGGAAUUUAAAAUAUGAUUUGAGAUUACCAUAUUUUUUGGGAGAUGUACUCUGUAGGACAUUUGAACUUCUGACUACUCAUUGCAAUCAUCUUUUAUUUCCUCAUAUAUCAUUGAUUGAAGUCUACUCGACCAAAAAGCUUUCAAUAGGAAACAAAGAACUAGGAGUUUCUCAAAAUAAUUUGACCAAACUCCUGCUAGCUUCCCAGUCGGACCUCACGAAAAAAAUGAGUCUUUAGACGCAUAAAUUUAUAUUGAUUUGAAUACGUUUAGUUUGUAGUUAUGUACGCUUUUUAUUAUCAGUUACAAUUCAGCAUCAAGUUGGUUCAUUUGAUCAUCCAACUAUGUUUAUGCUUGCAUCCAACCUGUUCACAUCUUAUAAAAGGAUGAAGGGAAUUUUUGGAAAAUUGGUUCUUUGUCAAUCUUUUAUGAUAUUUGUUAUAUGAGAACAUCCAUGUUAAAUGGUUUAUGGUCGGUGUAAACGUACAAUUCGAUACUGGAAUGGAACCCCAAGCUUUUUGUCAACCUAUGAAUCAUCUGCCAUGAGGGAAACAUGCAUAUUUUUAAAAGUUCGAGGCUUUCUGGAUAAUAAAGUGUGUAACUAUGUAUGUGACAGGUCAAAAGAGUAGAUUAGAUUAAUUUUCAGUACUUGGAUUAGUAGGACCUGCUCUAUCGUGGUGUAGUGUUUCUGAUGUAUGGGGAAUUUUCCAGUGCUCAUGAAACAGAUGCAUGUACAUGGUUCCAUUUCUUUUUAUUAUAUGUUUUCAGCAGAGUUAUUGCUAAAAACAUUUUCAGGGCUCAACUCAUGGAAAUCCUCGACAAUCUCAAAGAAAAGCCAGAUGUUUCUGCAUUACUGAUGGUAUUUAAAUUUCAUGGAAUUGAUUUUUUUGGCAUUCAUGUUUGUUACUGUCAUUGUUGGAGUUUCUUUAAGAAGCCAUUUUAUGUGACUGGUUUUAAUUAGAUACCAAUAUUUGAAGAGCUGAUCUUCCUUUAAGUACAAAACAGUAGGGCCCACCAACUUCAUGAUCACUCUUAUUCAUUUGCAUCGUUUCCAAGGCCUGCACAAUAAUUAGGAAAACAGGCAUAUGUUGUAUUUUGUCGAGUUGCUAGUAGAACCAAGAGCAAAGGGUAAGAUCAGCUGAUCGUCCUAGUGUGUGGUGUCCUUUACAGCAAUUACGGCAAAGGACUUGACAAGAAUAGUCAUGUUUCUUGCCCUUGGCCUAGGAGUAAGAAAUGAAAAUAGAUGGAGCAUCAGUCAUGUGGUCGAUGGCUCAUGAGUUCUGAGAAGAAUUUGUAGAAUUACUGAGCGCUAUCCUUAUAGUGCCUUUUUAGGAGGGAAUAUGAGAGAAAGCGUCUAGCUUUAGAGGUCCACUUCCAUUUCGAGUAGAACUCAGCCCUAUUUACAUUGUACGAUCAUUAUCUGAAGGAAGUUCCCAUUGGGAUUUUGGAAUUCUUACUCAUGACAAAACCUUUACGUAGGAUUUUUCUUUGCACCUGGUCUGCCAGUGGGAGCAUCCCUGCUCAAAAUUUGACCUUGUAAAUCUGAAAAUUUUGGAUUCAAGUCUGCUAGGAAUUUGAAGAUCCAGUAUUUAUAAAUGUACCUAAGAUGCCUUCUCUGGAUCACAGUUGUGUCACCGUCAUCUAUAGAGUACAGUCAAGGUCCUCAUAGUGGUUGUUCACUGGGAGAUUCCCCUGUUUCAAUUGAUGAAUGUAACGUGUGGACUGAUGAAUUCUACAAACAUUCUCCUUCUAUGUGUAAAUCCCAUAUUUAUCUUGAUAUUAUUUUUCUCCGUGUAAUUUUCUGGUUUCACAGUUAACAUAUUGUUCAAACUCCCUGGAGGAGAGCGGAAUGACUAUGCCUGGUGGUUUUAGGUUGUGUAUCUAUCUUAAGGUUUUCUUUUUUCGGUUAAAUCUAUGUAAUUUUUUACAACCACAUUGAAUUUGGUAUCACUGAAUAGCUAUUUUGACAUGACAAAUGGAAUUGGAAGGCUUGUAUGAUAUCUUUUAAAAGAGCUGAUGAUUGCAAUGCUUCCUUGAUAAUUAUUUCGAGUUUUGAUUGCAUAAUGAUUGUACUGACCUCUUGAAUGGAGGUAAUUUUUUAUCAUGCAUAGAAGUAAUCUAUGAAAUGACUUGUAGAGUCGGUUCUCUCGAUCUACUUUUGUAUUCACUGGUGAUAACUUCUUGCAGGCGCUACAAAGGACCAUUGAGUUUGAAGAGGAAUUGGCUGAGAAGUUUGGUGGAGGAUCAGGUAGUUCUGAGUAUCAAAAUGUGGGUAAUGAGACCGAAGAAAUAGAUGAAGGAAAGAGAAACAACCAAAUUGUGUCUGACAUUCGGAAAAAGUAUGAAAAGAAGCUUGCAAUCCACGGUGGUCCUGGAACCGAGCUAGUGCGUGGGAUGCUAAAUCUGUAUGACCUUGAUGAUUCCUUUUUUGUCUUGUCUCCUAACUAUUUUUCUAAUUUCUUUUGCAGAAGGAUGGCCAUAAAGAUUCAUCUGUGCCUGGAGCUGGUGUAAGAAGUUUGGCCCUGUUAUCAUAUUUCGUUUGCUUUUAGUUCUCGACUGUAUCUCAUUGUUUUCCACGAUUUUUUUGGUUUCUUGCAGUUCAACUUCCGUGGCAUUAUAUCCUCUUGUUUUGAGUCGCAUUUAAUGGUGUAUGUGGAACUAGAGGAGAAAACAUUGAUGGAACAGUUGGAAAAACUUGUUCAGGUAUGUUUGAUUUGAUAAAUCUCUGAAAAUGGAAUAUUUUGGUUUCCAUUUGAAUGUGCCUUGUAAAAUGUAUGCUUAUCCACAGGAUGAGAGCUGGGACCCAGAAGAGGGAAGUCAAACCAACAUUUUGUCGAGCAGCAUGCAGGUAAGAUUCCAUUCGUUAUUCAAUGUUUGUUUUUUCAUGAAUAUUAUAUGUCGUGGUGAACAGUGGUGCAAACCCUAGGAAAAUAUAUGAAGGAAAAACGCUUUUUGUAUUCACAUCAUGGAUAACUGUUAUAUAAAAGUACCUGGGCCACAGAACAAGGAAACUACCUAACAACCAGGAAACCGAGAAAAUAGGAAACGAACCAACAAGUAGGGAACGGUCCAACUAAGACCUAAAGUCCUAAAUAUAUGUUCUUUCUCACAUAUACACUGAUUAUGCACAACAAGAGAAUGUUCCGUUUAUAAAAGCUACAUACUUACAUGUCUUUUGUGCCUUCUUUUUAUAUCUAGUAUUUAUAUAUACAUCAUGGAAUAUGGAUCUGGGGGAUAAACAAUUUUUUAUAAACAAUUCUAACCCAGCCCAAUAAGGAUUUCAUGGACAGAAAUAUCAUGACUUGGAAAGAAAGAUCAUUUGUAGGCAGACAUCGUGAGUUAAAGUGUGACGAGUCCUAAGUUGGGUAAAAACCAUUGGUUUGAGAAUAUGAGGCAACUGUGAAAUAAAACUUCCAGACGCCCUAAUCGAACAUAUCUUUCUAUAGCGGUUUGAUCAAUUUCAAACUCACUCAGGGAGUGGAGCCUCCCUUUGGAUUGUUUUUAACUAGGUUUCUGUCAAAUCUGUUGUAAAAUGGCUAUUCCAAUGUAUCGGUCAGACUUUUGUACAGUGUUUGACCUUCUUAAAGUACCAACUAAACCAUCAAGCUUAAUUUUCUUGGAUUAUUUGCCUUUUACUUUUGGAGAUCCUGCUGCCGUAAAUCGUGCAUUUUAACACUCUUGAGAUAUGGUGUUGGUACCGAUGUUUUGAGAGACAGCUCCCAAGUUAUAGGGGUCAACUCCGUGAAUGUUUCGCUAUCAAGUGCGAUUUUUAGGCUUUAAGGGCCAACACUUUCAGUUCAAGGGUCAACGCUUGAAAUUUGAUUCAAAUGUUUUGCUCACAAAAACGACUUAUUUUCCCCCUAUAUUGGCCUAUAAAUUUAGGAGAUCAUUAUGUUUUCUAUUGUCUUCAUUUUGUUGGCCAUUUUUACCUUGGACAACAUUCAUUUCGUUGCCUUAAAGUCAUGCAAAGUAUCAAUAAAAUUAAUGGAAAUUUUAUGGGUGUAAUCAUCAAGACAGCUCAUUAUGUUCAACUAAGAGAGGAUUUGAUCUGACAGUACAGUUACAACCUUGGUAUGGACACGUUGCCAAUGUUUGUGAAUUCAUGAAUUGUUGAAAGUUGAGGAAUUGUAAAUGAAAAAUAGUUUGCAAGGUCUUCAACUGUGUCUUUAGAAGAAAAUCUUAUCUUUAGAAAACUAUAUUUUUCAUGAAGCUUUAGGAUUAUAUUAAAUGCCUUGUUAUUAUUGUUGCUGAGUACGCAUAUGGUGCGCUGUUUAAUCUUUGCUUAUGGUCGUUGUCACAUGAGUCUUUCAAAGUGUUUCCUUAAUUAUUUAUUAUUGAUCUUUUGUUAUGCAGGUGUUUCUGAUGAUCAGAAAGAGUUUAAAAAGAUGCAGUGCAUUGUCAAAGAGCCAGACACUUUUCAGUCUGUUUAAGGUACAUUUCUAAGAAACAAAAUGCGUUGUGUUGUAUAUUUGACAAUCAGUAAAGGUUUGCUACGCAGUGAUUGUUCUUCAGCUUUACUGGGUUGAGUAUACUGAACAUCAUCCCAUUGCAUUUACUGUGAACACAUCCCUUGUAGCAUACAGUUAUCCUUCGAACAAAAAAAAAUAGUAACACAAGUUGAAAAGGCAUUACGCCACAAUCAGUAAGCUGUAUGUUUACUUUGUGUGUCGUCCUGUACUUUGUUAAAACGAUUGUGCUAGUGCUGUUUCAUAUGGAUCCCAUGCUGCGAAUAAAUUACCAUUCAUAAGUAUCUUAGGAACAAUGAUGCCUUCAAUCUACUUGUAGCAGUUUCCAAUUUUUGCGAAAUUCACGGGAUGAGUUGACAAUUUAACAUUUUUUUUAUAGGUUUUCCAAAGAAUUCUUAAAGCCUAUGCUACAAAAUUAUUCACAAGAUUGCCUAAGGGUGGCAUGGGAAUUGUUGCAGCUGCUACUGGUACAGAUGGACAAAUAAAGGUUAUUCCAAAGCUCACCAAUUUUUUUCACCAAUUAUGAAAGUAGAUGGUUACUGUGUCUUAUGCAUGCUUUGUUAACUUUACAGACAUCUGACAGAGAUGAGAAGGUUAUAUGCUAUAUUGUAAAUACGGCGGAAUAUUGUCACAAAACGGUGAGUUUUUUUCUCAAGUUGAAAAUUUCCUAGGUGUUGAUUGACUCAGAUUUAUUGCCAGACUCUCGAAAGACUAAACAAUCUCCUAAUGAUUCUCUACGUAUUUCUUUUAAUCAAGCUGCAUUGAUCUUUCUGCUUGGCAGUCGGGUGAACUCGCAGAAAAUGUUUCCAAGAUAAUUGAUUCUCCAUUUGCCGACAGGGUGGAUAUGUCAGAAGUGCAGGUACUUAAUUUCACAAACUAUGGUCACGAUGCUAUGUGUCUGAUGCCUUUCUUACGUUUUUGUUGGAAAACAUGUGAUUUUGCAGGAUGAGUUUUCAUCACUGAUCACAAAAUCACUUGUAACAUUGGUUCAUGGUCUGGAAACAAAAUUUGAUGCUGAAAUGAUUGCAAUGACGCGUGUUCCAUGGGGUACACUUGAAUCCGUUGGCGACCAAUCUGAGUAACAUCCCACAGACUGGCAUCUCUUUCUUUAUUUUCUGUUGCUUGAAUCUGAUUUUAUUAUUGAUAUUCGUAAUAUGUCCACCUAACCUAGUAAACUGAAACGUAUAAUUUCUUCUUCCAUUUCUGUUCAGGUAUGUCAAUGGUAUAAACUCGAUUCUCAUGGGCAGUAUUCCAGUCCUGGGGGGCUUACUUUCACCCGUUUACUUUCAAUUUUUCUUGGAUAAGGUGAGUCGAAGGAACACAAUUUUUCUGGGUCCUUUAUUUAGUUCUUAUAAACUUAAAAUAUCUCGGUGGUUUACCACUAACUGAAAAUAAUUGAUUAAAGUGUCGAUACUAUUUUCACGGAUUUUCCUCAUUUUUUCAUUAGCUUACUUGAACGCUUUCUCACUGUCCAGAAGAUCUUUGUUUGACAUGGAUUUCUGUCUUUAGAAUGCCACGAUCUUUCUUUACAUCAUCACUAAAGGUCAAAAAAUUAACCCCCCCCCCCCUAUUGGGAUUAAAUGAAUCUGAUUACGUACUGUUUCAUUUUGCUUUAGAACAGAGCUAUUUACGGUAAAUCAAUCGUCCAUGCUUACCGUUGCUUAGCCAUUAUUGCAAAUCUUGACCCGACUUGAUCUACAGAAACAUAGCCAGUGGUGCAAGUUCCAGUUAAGCUGAUUAACCGUUGAAUUCAUACAGCUGGCUGCUUCCCUUGGCCCUCGCUUCUACCUCAACAUCUUCAAAUGCAAGCAGAUAUCAGAAACUGGUGCACAACAGGUUUGACCGUGCCAAAAUUUCCUAUAAUAUCAAAAAUAAAUAAAUGAAUAUAUAUUUUAUUUUAUUUUAUUUGACUAUGCUUCAUGGCUGAGAAUGCAGAUGCUGCUGGACACUCAGGCUGUGAAAACCAUUAUUUUGGAGAUUCCUGCCAUGGGAAGACAGGUAAUGUGCUAAAGUUCUCCAGCGCUCAUUCUUUGGUGGGCAUUUUACGAGGAAUUUUGUAUCAGCUCAGAUGCUUCCUGCCUUUCACAGACCGCCGGCGCCGCCGGCUAUGCAAAAUUUGUCACCCGGGAGAUGAGUAAAGCCGAAGCUUUACUGAAGGUGACAGAACCUGAUGAGCCCUUGUCAUUAUGAUCUUUCCAAAAUUAGCAUGUACUUGAGCUCCUUGUGCCCUCAGGUUAUUCUAUCUCCUGUCGAUUCUGUCGCAAACACCUAUCGAGCACUGCUCCCAGAGGGCACACUUGCAGAGUUCCAGCGGAUCCUUGAGCUCAAGGUCCUUCAUCCCCCCCCAUGGAUUAUUUCUUCUUCUGAGAACCUCGAUCCUUGGUGCCAAUCAGAGUUAAAUGUACUGUCUGGCUUUGCACAGGGCUUGAAGAAGGCAGACCAGCAAGCCAUACUCGAUGAAUUUAGCAAGCAUAGACCGGGCAUCACGCACCCGUCAACGGCUCCCACCGUGGUCAUCUCGGCGCCUCCACCAAGCCAGAAUGAGACGGCGUCGACCCCUUCCACCACCACCACCACCACCGCCGCCGCCGCCGCCGCUGCGGCCGUGGGGGGGUCCAUCACAUCUCGGGAGGAUGUUCUCACCCGUGCGGCGGCCCUCGGGAGAGGCGCCGCCACCACCGGCUUCAAGAGGUUUCUCGCCUUAACAGAGGCCGCUAAGGACCGCAAAGAUGGCCCCUUUCGGAAGCUCUUCAACCCAUAA